AUGGAUUCUUAUCAAAGAAAAACAAGAUUAACUGAGGCUGUUCAAACAGGUACAGGUCAACUAAAUGGUAUUCCUGUAGCAAUUGGUAUUAUGGAUUUUCAGUUUAUGGGAGGUAGCAUGGGAUCCGUAGUAGGUGAGAAAAUCACUCGUUUGGUAGAAUAUGCUACUAAUCAACUUUUACCCCUUAUUCUGGUAUGUUCGUCCGGAGGAGCGCGUAUGCAAGAAGGAAGUUUGAGCUUGAUGCAAAUGGCUAAAAUAUCUUCUGCUUUAUAUGAUUAUCAAACAAAUAAAAAAUUAUUAUAUGUAUCGAUACUUACAUCUCCUACUACUGGUGGAGUGACAGCUAGUUUUGGCAUGUUGGGGGAUAUCAUUAUUGCCGAACCAAAUGCUUAUAUUGCAUUUGCUGGUAAAAGAGUAAUUGAACAAACAUUGAAUAAGCCAGUACCCGAAGAUUCACAAGCAGCUGAAUAUUUAUUCCAUAAGGGCUUAAUUGAUUCAAUCGUACCACGUAAUCUUUUAAAGGGAGUUCUGACUGAGUUAUUUCAAUUCCAUAAUUUCUUUUCUUUGAAUAAAAAUGAAAGAAAUUAUGGAAUUGAAAUCAAAGAGUGCGUAAUAGCUCUGUUAAGGUCAUAA